UCUUCGGUCGGCAGCGAGCGCUCGUACCGGACUCUCGACCAGCCGAGGCGGGGAAGGAAAACCCUCCCGCAGCACCGACCUUUACGGCUUAGGACCUCGUCUUCUCUGCGGACACCUGCGCCGCCGCCAUCAUGUGCGACUGUUUCCACCUGGCCUUCCCUCACUGGCACGGCGCGCCCUCCGGCACAGGAGUUGGUCGCAGGCUGAGAGCGCCAGACCUUGGAUCAGAGGACCACUCGGCAUGUGACGAGCCAUCUCAUUUCACAGAGGGCGAGAGACCACGCCCUCAGGGAUCGUCCCCCGUCGAGGAACAUCCAGAGACAGAGAAAUAUAGUGACAGUGACAAGGAGGAGGAUGACCCACACCACAAGAGAGGGAGGGGAAAGAAGGCUAAAAAGUCUGGCUUUGCAUGUGGGUUUGACCGCCGUUCGACUCCAAAGAUGAGCAAACUGAAGGAAGCGUACAGCCCAGAUUCAGGGAUGAUAGUGAAAACAGCCAAAGAUGGUGGUGCAGAAGGUCUUGUCUAUGGCGGAGGAGGUAAAGAGGGAAUCUUCAUCAAAGAAGUGGUACCAGAGUCACCCGCCUCUAAAAGUCUACAAUUGAAAGAAGGCGAUCAGCUUCUGAGUGCCACCGUAUAUUUUGACAAUGUGUCAUAUCAGGACGCCAUUCAGAUUCUGGAGCAUGCUCAGGCUUACAAAGUGAAGCUCUGCCUUAAACGCAAACCAGACAUCACAGAGACAGAGCCCCUCGCUGAGUCUGACAUAAUCCCUGAGGAUGAACCCUUCACUCCAGAGAUGCGGGAACAUGGAAAAUCCAAGAGACGAGGUGAUGCACGCAUUUCUUGGCCCAAGUUUCCAUCCUUAGGGAGAGGAAAGAAGUCCCGUUUUGCAAGGUCUCAUAGUUCCUCGGAGGCUGAUGAGCAGAGGAAGUUGGAGCUGAGUCCUACCACAAGCGACACAGAGUCCCCGAUAAAGACUCAGGACGCCCUCAAAGGCAAAAAACGGCACAAGAUGAAGCUUCCAUCUCUGACAAAGAGAGGCCGCAUUAGUUCCUCUGAAGAUCAGGACACUGACGCACCGACAACAUGCACACAAGAAGUCGAAGAAUUGCUCUCACCUGAGGUUCUUCAAAGCCGUGUGGGAGGAAGGCCUGAAGUACACAGGAUGGAGGAGAUGACUCUGGUAGAAGGUUCCGACUCAAGAGUGACCAAACCCCUUGCUAUUCAACACAGAGUGGAUCUCAUCGCUAUAGACAGCGCUUUGAAAACAACCGAUCUAACGGUGGCUCUGGCGGGUCAAGAAAGCCCCACUGGACCACUGUCUCCAGAUGGUAAAAAGAAAAAGAAAGAAAGGUCAGAAUUAAAAUUGAAAAUGUUAGGGAAGGACAAAUCACACAAGAAGGAGGCAAAAGCCAAAUCACCUAAAAGGCUAAAAACACUAGGUGCAAGUUUAGAUAUAGCAGAUCAAGGCAUUAUAAAGGGGGAUCAGCCCGAGCAUAUGACUCAAAUUGAACAAGCAUCUCCACUCAAAGGCAAAAGCAAAACUAAAAAUAGAACACUCCUCCCCAAGCGUGAAGAUAUUGAAAUUCCUGGUAUGGAGGACAUGUCUGUAAGGACAAAUGUCAAAGGACUCCACGAUGAACUACCAGAAACAGUGCAACUCUCAAUUGAUGUGGACAGCGUGAAAGAGGCUGUUUCAAAAUUACCUGGAUAUAAAUUACCCAAGGUUGAUAUGUGUGGAGUACCUAUUCCUGAAGAAAUCACUGUGAUAGAUGCCAACGCCCAAAGAAUAUCAGUAAAAACACCCACUAAAGUUGCUGAUAGCAAAACAAAACAGGAGACACCCAUCAGUACGGCAGAAGACACUUCCACUACAGAACUGUCCAAGACUUCAUUCAAGCUACCAAAGAUCAAUCCAGGUGAUUUAACUUCAGAAGAAAUUGUAACUGUGACCCGCGUGGACCAAACAACUACAGAGACAACACAAGAAUGUGAACCUGCACUCAAUUCAAAAGAAUCUGACAAGAAAUCAAAGACGACAAAGAUAGUUUUCCCAAGCAUUGGGCUUUCAAAGUCAGACUUUAAAAUCCCUGACAUUGGAAUGUAUUUCCCGAAACCAAAUAUUUCUGGACCAAAGGAUGAUGAGGUGAAAGGAGAAAGAACUAUAUUCCUAAAAGAAGAAAUAAGUGAGGGUGGCAUCGUGUCAGAUGCUAAAAUGCAUGAAACUGAAAUAAGUAUUGGUGAACUUGAAUACAUUGAUUCAGCUGAAUCACCUGUCAAGAAGGAACUUGAUGGAAAAGGAAGUCCAUUCCAAAUACUGAAAUUUGAUGUAUCAUUACCAAAAUUAAGAGGUCCAGAAAUUGAUUUAAGCUUAUCAAAGACUGAUGGUAAAGUCAAAUCACCUGAUGCUCAAUUAGGCGCGUACAAGAAUAUUCCGGAAGAGAAGCAACCAGUUGAUACUGCAGGGUCACCCAUAGAUCAGGAAGCAAAAGGAUGGAAGUUUAAAAUGCCACAGUUUCAUUUCACAAUGCCAGAAAUUACUGAGCCACAGCUCAAUGUGAACGUUAUCAAAAAAGACGUGGGUGUGAAAAAAACAGAGCCUGAAUCUGAGACCCAACUCCCAGUAGCCUCAGAUAUGGAUUUAAGUCCUGGAAUAGCACAGGCAACACCACGAAAAGAUAAAAAACCUGAAUGUCUUCUGUCUGGAGUUAAACUUGAUGGACACGAAACCAAAUUUCCAAUAACAAAAUUUAAAGUAAAGGGACCUGAUAUUGAUUUUGGUUUAUCCAAAGAAGGUGGAGAUGCUGCUGUGCCAGAGGCCAAGGUUGAUUCCAAUAUUGAUAUUCCCGGAAAGGACCUUGUAGUUAACAUUUCUGCCCCUCGCGUGAAUAUUGAAGGAUCUGUGACAGACACGAAGAUUCCAGAUGCUGAGCAGGAUGGAAAAGGUGGCAGGUUUAAAAUGCCACAUCUCCGUUUAUCCAUGCCAAAGGUAAAAGGAGACAAAACACAUGCAGACUUGUCAAAAAAAGGCACGGGGGUGACAACUCCAGAGGCUAAAGUUGAUGUCUGUAUGCCAGAUACUCCCAAAAUUGACAGUAGUGAAGCCAAAGCCGGAGUCAAACUUCCAACUGCACCAUUAGUUGCUGUGGAAAUUAAAUCACCAGAGUGUGAGGCUGACAUGGAUGGACAGGGAAUGAAGCUCAAAAUGCCAAAAAUGGGAGUAAGAACGCCAAAAGUAAAAGGGCCUGACAUUGAGUUAAAUUUAACAAAGAAAGAUGUUGAUGUCAAUCUCCUGGACACAAGAAAUGGUGGUAAAAUACCAGAGAUGCCCCAAAUUGGUGUAAAUAUCAGACAAAGUAAUGAUUUCCAGACAGAUAUUGACAUUGAAAAACCUGAAUUACAAAUGCAAGCUUUGAAAUUUGAUGUUGAAGACAGAGAAAAACUAAAAACUUUAAAAACAAGUGUUGACAUCACACAACCAGAUGUUCCCAAAGUUGAUCUAGGAAAAGUGAAUAUUGGGAUUGCAGAGGCUAAAAUUGAAGAACCUGAGAUAGAUACUGAAACUUUGUAUGCUGAAAUUGAACAUAAAGGGGGAAAGUUUAAAAUGCCGAAAUUUGGCAUCUCCCUGCCAAAAGUGAAAGGACCAGAAAUUGAUUUAACUAUAGCCAAGAAAGAAGUUACUCUACCAGAAGCCAAAGCGGAAGUCAAAAUUCCUAGUGAGAAACAAAAAGAGCUUUCUGUUGAAGGUGAUAUUAAAACUCCUAAGAAUAAUAUUAUGGCAAAGGAAACAACAUCACCAACUAAAUUUUGGAGGCCGAUAUUCAAACUACCAAAAUUCGGGAUUGUUUCUCCAACACUUUCUGAAGAAGUACCGGAUGGAGACAGAGAUGUCAAAAUUGAUGGAUUUGAUGAUAACAUUCCUGAGGAGGUUUUAGCAGUUAGCAUUGAACCACCUGGCAUUGACAUAAGCUUAUCAAAGAAAGAUGGCGAGAUCAGACUCCCAGAAGAUGAAGUUGAACUCACAGCUGUUGAGCUGAAACUACCAUCAGCUAAAGUGGAAAUGGAAGGUCCAAAAAUUGAAGCUCAAACAAGUAAUCUUGGAGGCUCUCCAUCAAAAUUCAAACUACCAACUGUGAAAUUUCCCAAAUUUUCAUUAACCAACCAAAGUAGCAAAGACUCUGAACUUGAGAUUGGUCUCCCAGAUGCUGACAUCUCUAUUCCAGUCGGAAAGUUGGAGGUGACUCAACCUAAAGUUGAGUUUGAAGCACCAGAAGUUGAUGUCAAAAUAGACAACCAGGAGUGCAAGUUUAAAAUGUCAAAACCUGGAAUCUCUGUGCCAAAAAUGAAAAGACCUGAAAUUGAUUUGAGCUCAUCAAAUGAACUCACAGUUGUUGAAAUGAAACUACCAUCAGCUAAAGUGGAAAUAGAAACUCCCAAGAUUGAAACUCAACCAGGCGGUGUUGAGGGAUCUCCUUCUAAAUUCAAAUUACCAACAUUGAAAUUACCAAAAUUAGGCGUGGCUUUACCGCAGGUCAAUGUGGAAGUGGACAAAGAUGUCAAAAUGGAGGGAGCAGAUUUAAAACCACCAGAAAUAAAAGUUGAAGCAGAAGUUCCUGAUACUGCUACAGAUGUUGAUGUCAAAGUGAAAAGGUCUCGAGUCUCAUUUCCCAAAUUCUCAUUAAACAAGCAAAGUAGCAAAGAAUCUGAAGUUGGCAUUUCUGUCCCAGGUGUUGACGUUUCUGUUCCAGAAGGAAAACUGGAAAUCACUUCACCGAAACUGGAGUUUCAACCACCGGACGUUGAUGUAAAUAUCGAUGGGCAGGAGGGCAAGUACAAAAUGACAAAGUUUGGCAUCUCCAUGCCAAAAGUAAAAAGCCCUGACAUUGAUAUAAGCUUACCCAAGAAAGAAGGCGAGAUCAGACUCCCAGAGGCUGAAGUUGAACUCACAGAUGUUAGGAUGGACCUACCAUCUGCUAAAGUGGAAAUAGAAGGUCCAAAGAUUGAAGCUCAACCAGGUUGCGUUGAAGGAUCUCCAUCAAAAUUCAAACUACCAACAUUCAAAUUACCCAAAUUAGGGGUGGCUUUACCACAGGUCAGUGUGGAAGUACCUGAUAUGGACAAAGAGAUCAAGGUGGAUGGAGCAACUGUAAAAUCACCAGAAAUAUUGGUUGAAGCCAAACUUCCUGAUGCUGCGGCAGAUGUUGAUGUGAAGUUGAAAAAGUCUAGAUUCUCAUUCCCCAAAUUCUCAUUAACCAAGCAAAGUAGCAAAGAAUCUGAAUUUGAUAUUAAUCUCCCAGAUGUUGAUGUUUCUGUUCCAGAAGGAAAACUGGAACUCACUUCACCUAAAGUGGAGUUUCAACCACCAGAAAUUGAUGUAAAUAUCGAUGGCCAGGAGGGCAAGUACAAAAUGCCAAAGUUUGGCAUUUCCAUGCCAAACGUAAAAGGCCCUGCCAUUGAUAUAAGUUUAUCAAAGAAAGAUGGAGGGCUCAGACUCCCAGAAGCUGAAGUUGAACUCACAGAUAUUGAAAUGAAACUACCAUCAGCUCAAGUCGAAAUAGAAGGCCCUAAGAUUGAAACUCAACCAGGUAGCGUAGACGGCUCUCCAUCAAAAUUUAAACUGCCAACAUUCAAAUUACCCAAAUUAGGGGUGGCUUUACCACAAGUCAGUGUGGAAGUACCUGAUAUGGACAAAGAGAUCAAGGUGGAUGGAGCAACUGUAAAAUCACCAGAAUUAUUGGUUGAAGCCAAACUUCCUGAUGCUGCGGCAGAUGUUGAUGUCAAAGUGAAAAAGUCUAGAUUCUCAUUCCCCAAAUUCUCAUUAACCAAGCAAAGUAGCAAAGAAUCAGAAUUUGAUAUGGAUCUCCCACAUGUUGAUGUUUCUCUUCCAGAAGGAAAACUGGAAAUCACUUCACCUAAAGUGGAGUUUCAACCACCGGAAGUUGAUGUAAAUAUCGAUGGCCAGGAGGGCAAGUACAAAAUGCCAAAGUUUGGCAUCUCCAUGCCAAACGUAAAAGGCCCUGACAUUGAUAUAAGCUUAUCAAAGAAAGAUGGAGGACUCAGACUCCCAGAAGCUGAAGUUGAACUCACAGAUAUUGAAAUGAAACUACCAUCAGCUCAAGUGGAAAUCGAAGGCCCUAAGAUUGAAGCUCAACCAGGUAGUGUUGACGGCUCUCCAUCAAAAUUCAAAUUGCCAACAUUCAAAUUACCCAAAUUUGGGCUGGCUUUACCACAGGUCAGUGUGGAAGUACCUGAUAUGGACAAAGAGAUCAAGGUGGAUGGAGCAACUGUAAAAUCACCAGAAUUAUUGGUUGAAGCCAAACUUCCUGAUGCUGUGGCAGAUGUUGAUGUCAAAGUGAAAAAGUCUAGAUUCUCAUUCCCCAAAUUCUCAUUAACCAAGCAAAGUAGCAAAGAAUCUGAAGUUGACAUUUCUGUCCCAGGUGUUGACGUUUCUGUUCCAGAAGGAAAACUGGAAAUCACUUCUCCUAAAGUGGAGUUUCAACCACCGGAAGUUGAUGUAAAUAUCGAUGGGCAGGAGGGCAAGUACAAAUUGCCAAAGUUUGGCAUCUCCAUGCCAAACGUAAAAGGCCCUGACCUUGAUAUAAGCUUCUCAAAGAAAGAUGGAGGACUCAGACUCCCAGAAGCUGAAGUUGAACUCACAGAUAUUGAAAUGAAACUACCAUCAGCUCAAGUGGAAAUAGAAGGCCCUAAGAUUGAAGUUCAACCAGGUAGUGUUGACGGCUCUCCAUCAAAAUUUAAACUGCCAACAUUCAAAUUACCCAAAUUAGGGGUGGCUUUACCACAAGUCAGUGUGGAAGUACCUGAUAUGGACAAAGAGAUCAAGGUGGAUGGAGCAACUGUAAAAUCACCAGAAUUAUUGGUUGAAGCCAAACUUCCUGAUGCUGCGGCAGAUGUUGAUGUCAAGUUGAAAAAGUCUAGAUUCUCAUUCCCCAAGUUCUCAUUAACCAAGCAAAGUAGCAAAGAAUCUGAAUUUGAUAUUGAUCUCCCAGAUGUUGAUGUUUCUGUUCCAGAAGGAAAACUGGAAAUCACUUCACCUAAAGUAGAGUUUCAACCACCGGACGUUGAUGUAAAUAUCGAUGGGCAGGAGGGCAAGUACAAAAUGCCAAAGUUUGGCAUCUCCAUGCCAAACGUAAAAGGCCCUGACAUUGAUCUAAGCUUCUCAAGGAAAGAUGGAGGACUCAGACUGCCAGAAGCUGAAGUUGAACUCACAGAUAUUGAAAUGAAACUACCAUCAGCUCAAGUGGAAAUCGAAGGCCCUAAGAUUGAAGCUCAACCAGGUAGUGUUGACGGCUCUCCAUCAAAAUUCAAAUUGCCAACAUUCAAAUUACCCAAAUUUGGGCUGGCUUUACAACAGGUCAGUGUGGAAGUACCUGAUAUGGACAAAGAGAUCAAGGUGGAUGGAGCAACUGUAAAAUCACCAGAAUUAUUGGUUGAAGCCAAACUUCCUGAUGCUGCGGCAGAUGUUGAUGUGAAGUUGAAAAAGUCUAGAUUCUCAUUCCCCAAAUUCUCAUUAACCAAGCAAAGUAGCAAAGAAUCUGAAUUUGAUAUUAAUCUCCCAGAUGUUGAUGUUUCUGUUCCAGAAGGAAAACUGGAACUCACUUCACCUAAAGUGGAGUUUCAACCACCAGAAAUUGAUGUAAAUAUCGAUGGCCAGGAGGGCAAGUACAAAAUGCCAAAGUUUGGCAUUUCCAUGCCAAACGUAAAAGGCCCUGCCAUUGAUAUAAGUUUAUCAAAGAAAGAUGGAGGGCUCAGACUCCCAGAAGCUGAAGUUGAACUCACAGAUAUUGAAAUGAAACUACCAUCAGCUCAAGUGGAAAUAGAAGGCCCUAAGAUUGAAACUCAACCAGGUAGCGUAGACGGCUCUCCAUCAAAAUUUAAACUGCCAACAUUCAAAUUACCCAAAUUAGGGGUGGCUUUACCACAAGUCAGUGUGGAAGUACCUGAUAUGGACAAAGAGAUCAAGGUGGAUGGAGCAACUGUAAAAUCACCAGAAUUAUUGGUUGAAGCCAAACUUCCUGAUGCUGCGGCAGAUGUUGAUGUCAAAGUGAAAAAGUCUAGAUUCUCAUUCCCCAAAUUCUCAUUAACCAAGCAAAGUAGCAAAGAAUCAGAAUUUGAUAUGGAUCUCCCACAUGUUGAUGUUUCUCUUCCAGAAGGAAAACUGGAAAUCACUUCACCUAAAGUGGAGUUUCAACCACCGGAAGUUGAUGUAAAUAUCGAUGGCCAGGAGGGCAAGUACAAAAUGCCAAAGUUUGGCAUCUCCAUGCCAAACGUAAAAGGCCCUGACAUUGAUAUAAGCUUAUCAAAGAAAGAUGGAGGGCUCAGACUCCCAGAAGCUGAAGUUGAACUCACAGAUAUUGAAAUGAAACUACCAUCAGCUCAAGUGGAAAUCGAAGGCCCUAAGAUUGAAGCUCAACCAGGUAGUGUUGACGGCUCUCCAUCAAAAUUCAAAUUGCCAACAUUCAAAUUACCCAAAUUUGGGCUGGCUUUACCACAGGUCAGUGUGGAAGUACCUGAUAUGGACAAAGAGAUCAAGGUGGAUGGAGCAACUGUAAAAUCACCAGAAUUAUUGGUUGAAGCCAAACUUCCUGAUGCUGUGGCAGAUGUUGAUGUCAAAGUGAAAAAGUCUAGAUUCUCAUUCCCCAAAUUCUCAUUAACCAAGCAAAGUAGCAAAGAAUCUGAAGUUGACAUUUCUGUCCCAGGUGUUGACGUUUCUGUUCCAGAAGGAAAACUGGAAAUCACUUCUCCUAAAGUGGAGUUUCAACCACCGGAAGUUGAUGUAAAUAUCGAUGGGCAGGAGGGCAAGUACAAAUUGCCAAAGUUUGGCAUCUCCAUGCCAAACGUAAAAGGCCCUGACCUUGAUAUAAGCUUUUCAAAGAAAGAUGGAGGACUCAGACUCCCAGAAGCUGAAGUUGAACUCACAGAUAUUGAAAUGAAACUACCAUCAGCUCAAGUGGAAAUAGAAGGCCCUAAGAUUGAAGUUCAACCAGGUAGUGUUGACGGCUCUCCAUCAAAAUUUAAACUGCCAACAUUCAAAUUACCCAAAUUAGGGGUGGCUUUACCACAAGUCAGUGUGGAAGUACCUGAUAUGGACAAAGAGAUCAAGGUGGAUGGAGCAACUGUAAAAUCACCAGAAUUAUUGGUUGAAGCCAAACUUCCUGAUGCUGCGGCAGAUGUUGAUGUCAAGUUGAAAAAGUCUAGAUUCUCAUUCCCCAAGUUCUCAUUAACCAAGCAAAGUAGCAAAGAAUCUGAAUUUGAUAUUGAUCUCCCAGAUGUUGAUGUUUCUGUUCCAGAAGGAAAACUGGAAAUCACUUCACCUAAAGUAGAGUUUCAACCACCGGACGUUGAUGUAAAUAUCGAUGGGCAGGAGGGCAAGUACAAAAUGCCAAAGUUUGGCAUCUCCAUGCCAAACGUAAAAGGCCCUGACAUUGAUCUAAGCUUCUCAAGGAAAGAUGGAGGACUCAGACUGCCAGAAGCUGAAGUUGAACUCACAGAUAUUGAAAUGAAACUACCAUCAGCUCAAGUGGAAAUCGAAGGCCCUAAGAUUGAAGCUCAACCAGGUAGUGUUGACGGCUCUCCAUCAAAAUUCAAAUUGCCAACAUUCAAAUUACCCAAAUUUGGGCUGGCUUUACCACAGGUCAGUGUGGAAGUACCUGAUAUGGACAAAGAGAUCAAGGUGGAUGGAGCAACUGUAAAAUCACCAGAAUUAUUGGUUGAAGCCAAACUUCCUGAUGCUGUGGCAGAUGUUGAUGUCAAAGUGAAAAAGUCUAGAUUCUCAUUCCCCAAAUUCUCAUUAACUAAGCAAAGUAGCAAAGAAUCUGAAGUUGACAUUUCUGUCCCAGGUGUUGACGUUUCUGUUCCAGAAGGAAAACUGGAAAUCACUUCUCCUAAAGUGGAGUUUCAACCACCGGAAGUUGAUGUAAAUAUCGAUGGGCAGGAGGGCAAGUACAAAUUGCCAAAGUUUGGCAUCUCCAUGCCAAACGUAAAAGGCCCUGACCUUGACAUAAGCUUCUCAAAGAAAGAUGGAGGACUCAGACUCCCAGAAGCUGAAGUUGAACUCACAGAUAUUGAAAUGAAACUACCAUCAGCUCAAGUGGAAAUAGAAGGCCCUAAGAUUGAAGUUCAACCAGGUAGUGUUGACGGCUCUCCAUCAAAAUUUAAACUGCCAACAUUCAAAUUACCCAAAUUAGGGGUGGCUUUACCACAAGUCAGUGUGGAAGUACCUGAUAUGGACAAAGAGAUCAAGGUGGAUGGAGCAACUGUAAAAUCACCAGAAUUAUUGGUUGAAGCCAAACUUCCUGAUGCUGCGGCAGAUGUUGAUGUCAAGUUGAAAAAGUCUAGAUUCUCAUUCCCCAAGUUCUCAUUAACCAAGCAAAGUAGCAAAGAAUCUGAAUUUGAUAUUGAUCUCCCAGAUGUUGAUGUUUCUGUUCCAGAAGGAAAACUGGAAAUCACUUCACCUAAAGUAGAGUUUCAACCACCGGACGUUGAUGUAAAUAUCGAUGGGCAGGAGGGCAAGUACAAAAUGCCAAAGUUUGGCAUCUCCAUGCCAAACGUAAAAGGCCCUGACAUUGAUAUAAGAUUAUCAAAGAAAGAUGGAGGACUCAGACUCCCAGAAGCUGAAGUUGAACUCACAGAUAUUGAAAUGAAACUACCAUCAGCUCAAGUGGAAAUCGAAGGCCCUAAGAUUGAAGCUCAACCAGGUAGUGUUGACGGCUCUCCAUCAAAAUUCAAAUUGCCAACAUUCAAAUUACCCAAAUUUGGGCUGGCUUUACCACAGGUCAGUGUGGAAGUACCGGAUAUAGACAAAGAGGUCAAGGUGGAUGGAGCAACUGUAAAAUCACCAGAAUUAUUGGUUGAAGCCAAACUUCCUGAUGCUGUGGCAGAUGUUGAUGUCAAAGUGAAAAAGUCUAGAUUCUCAUUCCCCAAAUUCUCAUUAACCAAGCAAAGUAGCAAAGAAUCUGAAGUUGACAUUUCUGUCCCAGGUGUUGACGUUUCUGUUCCAGAAGGAAAACUGGAAAUCACUUCUCCUAAAGUGGAGUUUCAACCACCGGAAGUUGAUGUAAAUAUCGAUGGGCAGGAGGGCAAGUACAAAUUGCCAAGGUUUGGCAUCUCCAUGCCAAACGUAAAAGGCCCUGACCUUGAUAUAAGCUUCUCAAAGAAAGAUGGAGGACUCAGACUCCCAGAAGCUGAAGUUGAACUCACAGAUAUUGAAAUGAAACUACCAUCAGCUCAAGUGGAAAUAGAAGGCCCUAAGAUUGAAGUUCAACCAGGUAGUGUUGACGGCUCUCCAUCAAAAUUUAAACUGCCAACAUUCAAAUUACCCAAAUUAGGGGUGGCUUUACCACAAGUCAGUGUGGAAGUACCUGAUAUGGACAAAGAGAUCAAGGUGGAUGGAGCAACUGUAAAAUCACCAGAAUUAUUGGUUGAAGCCAAACUUCCUGAUGCUGCGGCAGAUGUUGAUGUCAAGUUGAAAAAGUCUAGAUUCUCAUUCCCCAAGUUCUCAUUAACCAAGCAAAGUAGCAAAGAAUCUGAAUUUGAUAUUGAUCUCCCAGAUGUUGAUGUUUCUGUUCCAGAAGGAAAACUGGAAAUCACUUCACCUAAAGUAGAGUUUCAACCACCAGAAGUUGAUGUAAAUAUCGAUGGCCAGGAGGGCAAGUACAAAAUGCCAAAGUUUGGCAUCUCCAUGCCAAACGUAAAAGGCGCUGACAUUGAUCUAAGCUUCUCAAGGAAAGAUGGAGGACUCAGACUGCCAGAAGCUGAAGUUGAACUCACAGAUAUUGAAAUGAAACUACCAUCAGCUCAAGUGGAAAUAGAAGGCCCUAAGAUUGAAGUUCAACCAGGUAGUGUUGACGGCUCUCCAUCAAAAUUUAAACUGCCAACAUUCAAAUUACCCAAAUUAGGGGUGGGUUUACCACAAGUCAGUGUGGAAGUACCUGAUAUGGACAAAGAGAUCAAGGUGGAUGGAGCAAAUGUAAAAUCACCAGACUUAUUGGUUGAAGCCAAACUUCCUGAUGCUGCGGCAGAUGUUGAUGUCAAAGUGAAAAAGUCUAGAUUCUUAUUCCCCAAAUUCUCAUUAACCAAGCAAAGUAGCAAAGAAUCUGAAUUUGAUAUGGAUCUCCCACAUGUUGAUGUUUCUGUUCCAGGAGGAAAACUGGAAAUCACUUCUCCUAAAGUGGAGUUUCAACCACCGGAAGUUGAUGUAAAUAUCGAUGGGCAGGAGGGCAAGUACAAAUUGCCAAAGUUUGGCAUCUCCAUGCCAAAAGUAAAAAGCCCUGACAUUGAUAUAAGUUUACCCAAGAAAGAAGGCGAGAUCAGACUCCCAGAGGCUGAAGUUGAACUCACAGAUGUUAGGAUGGACCUACCAUCUGCUAAAGUGGAAAUAGAAGGUCCAAAGAUUGAAGCUCAACCAGGUUGCGUUGAAGGAUCUCCAUCAAAAUUCAAACUACCAACAUUCAAAUUACCUAAAUUAGGGGUGGCUUUACCACAGGUCAAUGUGGAAGUCCCUGAUAUAGACAAACACAUCAAAGUGGACGGAGCAGAUGGAAAAUCAUCAGAAUUAAAGGCUGAAGCAAAGCCUCCUGAUCCUGCUUCAGAUGUUGAUGUCGAUGGCCAGGAGGGCAAGUACAAAAUGCCAAAGUUUGGCAUUUCCAUGCCAAAAGUAAAAGGACGUGACACUGACACAACUUUAUCAAAGAAGGAUGGUGAGAUCGGAGUCCCAGAGGCUGAAGUUGAACUUACAGGUGUUGAAAUGAACCUACCAUCAGCCAAAGUGGAAAUAGAUGGCCCUAAGAUUGAAGCUAAACCAGGUAGUCUUGAAGGAUCACCUUCAAAAUUCAAACUGCCAACAUUCAAAUUACCAAAAUUAGGUGUGGCUUUACCACAAGUCAGUGUGGAAGUGCCUGAUAUGGACAAAGACAUUAAGGUGGACGGAGUAGAUGUAAAAUCACCGGAAUUAUUGGUUGAAGCCAAACUUCCCGAUCUUGCGGCAGAUGUUGAUGUCAAGGUGAAAAAGUCAAGAUUCUCAUUUCCCAAAUUCUCAUUAUCCAAGCAAAGUAGCAAAGACCCAGACGUUGAUGUUUCUACUCCAGAAGGGAAAAUGGAAAUCACGUCACCUAAAGUGGAGUUUCAACCACCAGAAGUUGAUUUACAUUUAGAUGGUCAGGAGAGCAAGUCUAAGUUUGGCAUUUCGAUGCCAAAAGUAAAAGGACCUGACAUUGAUAUAAGAUUAUUAAAGAAAGAUGGAGAGAUGAGACUUCAAGAAAUUGAAGUUGAACUUACUGAUAUUGAAAUGAAACUACCAUCAUCUAAAGUGGAAAUAGAAGCUCCUAAGAUUGAAGCUCAACCACGGAGUGUUGAGGGAUCUCCUUCAAAAAUUAAAUUGACAAAGGUAAAAUUCCCUAAAUUUGGAGUUUCAAAACCAAAGUUCAGUGUCGAAGUACCUGAUAUGGACAAAGACAAUUUAGUUGGCGAUGUAAAGAUUGUGGUCCCGGAACAAGAAGCUGCAAUAAAUGUUUCAUCGCCCACCACUGACAGAGGGGGAAUAUCAGUUGAUGUGAAAGAAGGUGAGCUUGAAGGAUCAGGAAGCAAGUUUAUAAUGCCUAAGUUUGGCAUCUCCAUGCCAAAAGUGAAAAGGCCUGACAUUGAUAUAGGCAUAUCAACGCAAGAUGGAGAUAUCAUACUCCCUGAAGCUGAAGGUGAACUCACGGAAGUUGAAAGGACACUACCGUCAUCCAAAGUAGAACCAGAAGACCCUAAGAUUGAAGCUCAACCAGGUAAUGAUGAGAAAUCUGCUUCAAAAUUCAAACUACCAACAGUGAAAUUUCCAAAAUUUUCAUUAACUAAGCAAAGUAGCAAAGAAUGUGAAGUUGAGGUUGCCCUCCCAGAUGGUGACUUUUCUACUCCUGAACGAAAUUUGGAAAUUACUCUACCACAAGUUGAGUUUCAACCACCAGAAGUCGAUGUAAAUAUAGAUGAGCAGGAGAGCAAGUUUAAAAUGCCAAAGUUUGGUGUUUCCAUGCCAAAAGUAAAAGGCACUGACAUUGAUAUAAGCUUAUCAAAAAAGAAUGGCGGUAUCACACUCCCAAAUGUUGAAGUUCAACUCCCAGAUGCUGAAAUGAAACUACUGUCUCCUAAAGUGGAAUUAGAAGGUGCAAAGAUUGACGCUAAAAAAAGUGUUGUUGAAGGAUCUACAUCAAAAUUUAAACUACCAUCUUUGAAAUUACCUAAAUUUGGAGGUUCUCCAUCAAAGGUUUGUGUUGAAGUGCCUGAUGUGGAGGAAGACAGUGAAAUUGAUGGCAUAAAGAUGGAGAUACCUGAAGAUGACGUCACGCUGGUUGUUUCCGCACCCAGCAUUGACACUGAAGACGUUUCUGUGGAAGUGAAAACUGAAGGAGGUGAACUUGAAGGACCAGGAAUCAAACUUAAACCAUUGCCAGAUGUUGACGCUGAGAUCAAACUGACGGAUGGUGAAGUUGAACAAUUGGAAAGUACCAUCUCAGCCCCGGAAGCGCCGAAAGUUGAGUUUGACGUCAAGAUGAGCAAGGGGAUGGAGAAUGAUGACGUGAGUCCCGUCUCUCCAAGCAAAUUCAAACUGCCAUCCUUCAAAAUGCCAAGACUUGCAUUUUCACGGCAAAAACCAGAAGGCAAAAGUGUAUCACCUGAGACAGAAUAUAAAGACAAUCAACCAGAGAUAAAAACUGAACUGAAUGGAGAUGGUAAAUCACCACAAGCCACUCCCACAACAUUUGGAGUUGUCCUAAAAAAAUUUGAAGGUGAAUUUGAUAUGGCACAAACAGAACAAGUGGAAGAACAUCCAGACGCCUCAGAGAAGGAAAAGGACACAAAGGACAAACAAGCCAAGCAACAAGCCACCAAAACUCCUGAGCGGACAGGAUGGUUUAGCUUUCCAACAUUUGGGCUCUCCUCACCUUCAGCACCUGCCAAAACUCCCCAAAAAGACGACGAGAAGGAUCAAAAGAGUCCAUCAGGAGAACGUGAGUUAGACAUCAGCCCUACCUGUUCCGUGCAGUCAUCAGAUGCCUUCGCUGACAUCAGCUCAACAGUGACAAGCGAGUAUGUCAGUUUGCCCCCAUCUUCUCCGACCAAAGUAACUGUCAAAUACUCUGAUCCGAACUUACCUCCGGAACUCGGAGAAAUGAACGUCGUAACUUCCACUGCAAGGUCCGAGCUGAUCACAAUCGAGCCAGACUUACCCGAGAAGAUCACCAUCCUGUCCUCUGAGGUCUCGUCUUCCUCCGAGGAAACUCUCAGACUGGCGUCGGGGAAAAUACAUGUGUUUACGUCCAGCGUACAAGCAGGCUCUGAAUCACAGCACACCAAAGUUCUGUCCAAGGUCCAGUCAACCAGCGAGGCCAGUCAGAUUUCGUCAUCAUGGACGGUGGAGAGUUCUCAGAGUAGCAGGACGUUGUCCCAGAAACAAAUUGUCCGCGAAACGUCUCGCGAAAGCACAGAAACCUUCGUGAUUACCAAACAGAUCACCAAAAUGUUUGAGCCCGCUGAGUUCUUCGGAGACGACGAGACGGCUUCAUCCAUACAGCGACUCAGAGAAUCCGUUCACUCAGAGAAGAUGAGAUUUUUUGACGGUGCUGAGAAGUGAGGUGCUAGCUAAAUCAACAUCAUUGGUAAAAAAAUUAGAACAUUUGUCAGUGUUUAGUCAAGCGCAGGUAUUAAUGGAACUGCAUGUUGCCGAACGGAAAAAAAAAAGAUGGACAAACGUUGCUGGCAUAAGAAAAAUGCGAUGAAAUUAUUAAUAAGCUACGUAUCUAAGUGUCUUAUGACCGGGCUUCCGUAAAUCUGCUUACAGAUUGCUUUCUGUGGUACAGAAAAUGUUUACUUGCAGCAUUUUUGCUCUAACAUCAUAAGGGCGUUAACAAUCAGGCUAUAGCAAAAUUUAUGUUGACGAUAAUGUAGUGUAUGUCAUAAAAAAAUAACGUGUCUAUGUAUCCGCUGAGGUAUUCUUGUUACUGCAGUAAAGGAAACACUAGCAAAGAAAUGUAACAGUUAUGAUGACAAAAAGUGUACUACUGUAACUAUAUUUUUAUUAAGAUUUUUGCUUAAACCUUAUUUGCUACAGUACAUACAUAUAUAUGAAUCAGCAGUGCAUUAACAGCCAAUGUAAAUAAUAAUAACAAUAAUAAUAAUAAUGCUGUUUGUGUAAAAAGCUUUCAAUGACCUCUGGAUAAUUCCAUGUGCUUUAACUCCAAAUGUUUGCAAUAUACACAUAAAUAAAUACAUAUUAUUACAAGUCAAAA